AUGCCUCCCUCCUCGAAAACACUUCUUCAAAGCAAGCGAUUCAAGAUCAUCAUUUCAUUUCUCGUUUCUGUGAUAUUGGGAUUUGCUAUUUGGUGGUUUUCAACAGGAGUCUAUCAGUCAUUGUUUCCCCAUGAUGAUAUUCGGAAGUUGUUGGAAUUGGAUAUUUCUUCAUUACAUGCUUUAAUAUUACCAAUCCGAUUGAAAGUGCAUAUCCUUCAUAGGAAGGGACUGAAUGUGGACUUACAGAAGGAGAAAUUCACAAGUUUGAAAUCGGACCACAUAGAGGGUGUUGAAUUUUGGGAAUAUUCAUCAGUGUUGAGUAUCAACUUUGGCAGAAACCAUUCGGAGCAUUUACAUUCCGUAGAUGAUCUUUUACUCAAAUGGUCUCGAACAAAUGAAUAUUACAAACCAAAUUCUUAUAAUUUAUUCAUAAUUUUAGGUGAUGAAAAACCAUCGAAUCACGUACUGUAUCUUGGACAACAUAGACAUGCUUGGAUUGUUGCUGAUGAACCAAUCACUACAGAUUUUGUUUUAGCCACCUCUAAAUUAUUUUAUAAUAUUUUAACAAACAGAAAUACCUCUCCGAACACAAAAUCCUAUGCGAUUGAGAAUAAUUUCGAAAAGAAAAAUGAAGAAUAUGUAUUUGAUGACACUGACAUUACAGUCAAUAAGAUUGCAAGCAAGUAUAGAAUUACAUUGACUCUUGUAAAUAUGAAGCCAUACAAAAACUAUGUUUUUCAUUGGAAUUCGCCCGAUCAUUAUGAGAAAUAUAUUAGAAGCUUCACUGAUAGGCUCUCAAAUUUAGUGGAUUUUGUUAUUGAUUGGAAAAGUAUAUUGUAUGGCGAAUUGCCAACCAAGAGCGGAGGUCUAUCUUCAAAACAAGCUAACUUGUCAAUCCUACGAAAUUAUCAAUCUUUCAGAACGUUUGAAAGGACAGAUUCUACAAUACCUCAAAACACCACAGACAUGUCCGUAUCUGAUCCAAAAAACACUAUCCAAGCAUAUCACGAAAUUGAAGCAAGAAGUAUGCAGUUUUUGCUUAACGAAAACAAUGAUUGGAAAUUUGUGUCACAAGAUGCUAAUGAAACAGCUAUUCAGUUACUUCUUCUUAUUCCACCACGCGAAUACACUCCAUUAAUGAUAAAAAAGUAUGAUGGAUCCCUGAGUGAACACAAUUCAUAUAUUAUUCCACGAUGGGGAGGAGUGUUGGUGUUCAAUCCAUCCAAGUCCAUAUAUAGAGGUCAUUCCACUGACAUUAGAUACUUUAAAGACCAAGACAUGCAAUAUAUCAUGGAGCUAUUCUCUUCGCAGCUACGACGACUACUCUCAAUACCAGCUCCAUUACCUUCAACUGUUUUUAUUACCGAGCCUGGAAAAGGCAAGACAGAGUCGAAAAUUCACGUAAUGCAGAUCCCAUCCACACUCUACGGAAUUUCUCAGUGGGAAAUUGAUCAACUCUCGCGACAUAGAGUUCAAAAUAACUUGUUACAAGCAACAGAGACUUUGCAGGCAAUGUCAAGAGUGGUACACAACAUGCCAAACGUUUACGUCAUGGAUGUAGUAGCUGAAUUAACAAGACAAUCCAUUCACGCUGUUGAAGACGCUGUUUCUCUCUGUACCAUAGGCAUUAAGCGUGAGGAGGAUAUGACAACACUAAUUCAUCUUUCAAAGACUGCUAUUUACAAUGCACAAAAAGCAUUUAGUCACGAAUCCAUGCUAUCAAUGUUGCAUUUUCCUGACGCUCAAAAGUUGGCCGUCUACCUCCCAUUAAUUCUUCCCAUACUCGUAACCAUUCUCGUUGGCUUAAAGAGAGAACGGAACAUAAUCCGAGAAAAACACAAACAAGAUUAA